AGGUAUCCAUCCUCCUGGUAACCUAUUCUACCGUAGGUCCUAGGUUACUCAACUCAAGGGAGCACGCGACGAAUUCAUUCACCACGAUGGCGUCUCCUUCAGCCCAAGAUGUAUUAGCUAAACUGCGGACGCUCGGUGCUGAACAGGACAUAACCAUCUUGAAGCUCAGCGAACCUAUAUCGGCUGCGGUUACGCACCUACAGGAUCCUCAUCAGCGGACAUCUGAUGUCUCUAACUCAUCCCUUGACGCAGCUACACCAUCCUCUCUUGAAGCGGACUUGACGCAUUACCGAGAACUAUUCGCCAAGUUGCGCUUUAGUUAUGUAGAACAAGUCUCCAAGGAAAAGUUCAUCCGCGCCAUCGUCGGUGACCCGCCUCUUAUUGUUAGCCCCCAAGAGAAUUUGGAUCUAGAAAAGGAGAAUCUGGAGGCCAAAGCGACGCUGAAGGCCUUAAAGACCGAGGUUGCAGCCAUGGUCGCAGAACUCGAGGAGAAAGCAAGGGAUCUGAGUCGAAAGUAUGAGAAGAUUAAAGUCGAGACGGUCAAGUUAGAAGAGCUUCCACGCAAGAUUGAACAAGUCGAAAAUGCUGUUGCAGAAUUGAAAAAAGAGCAGAAAACAGGAUCUAAUCCAAAUCCCGAGCUGAACUUGCCUUUGGCCAAGACCUUGGACCUGGUUGAGUCGAAGAAGCGACGAAAGGCAGAGUUAGACAGGCAGUUAGAACAACUACAGAGCCAAGUCCCGAGGAAAAAGAAGGAAUUGGAUCGAUUGCAAGCUGAGCUACAGCCCCUCGAGACGAAGAGGCAAAACAGCAAGACUGCUGCAAAGGAAGCGAAGAGACGGAAAGAGGCUGCUCUUGGCGGUGUCCAAGAUGACCUCGAGGAGCGGGGACGCUGGUUUACAUCUGCAGAAACAGGCUUGAAACAAGUGCUGGAAAUAGAGAGCUAAGACGCUAUUCAUGAUCAUUUUUUAACGGGUGCGGCGUUUUGAGGUCUCUAUCGGGUCUUCCAUUGUACC